UCACUGAGAGACGAGCUGGAACAGUCUGAACGAUGCAAGGAAUAGAAAGGACGUACGGGGGUCGACAGUGAACGACCGACCUACAAAGAAACAGAUAAAGGUGAGCGUGACUCCUAUAAUAUGUACGAAUUCGGUAACCCCUCUCACUUCUGACGAAUAGUAUGGUUCAUAUAAAGAGAAAUAAAAGGCGAAGCAGAUGAAGUGGAAGUUAGGGGGGUUCCCGACAUGGUGGAGAAGUGCUGGGAUCUGGCAGAGAAACCAGAGUUUUCAGUGUAUGGAGUCACACUCAGCCUAAGCGAUAGUAAAGUAGUUAAUAGUAUAUCAAGUCCUUUCUACUCUUUCAUUUAGUAAGUGAAAUGAAAAUUUAAGUGUGCAGUAAUGUCGCUGUUGAGCGAUGAUUAUGAUUGUUUAUUACAAGUACAAUUCGGUAUAAAUAUUAUAUUGGUGUUAAAAUGUAAGAACUUGACCUUCCAACUAAUAGGUGGCAGUAUAGGUCAUUCUGAGCGCCAACGAAAGUCGUGUGGGAGCAGAGCCAACUUAAAAUUCAAAAAAGGAGAAAGAAAUUAGUCCAGGUAAGUUGGCAACAUUGGUUUCAGAGACGCGACGGGCACGCUGUUAGUUGAAAGUUUGAAUUUCCCGCUUUAAUUUGUUGUAGAUAGACCAUAGAACAAGCAAACAGGUGAUACCAACAUGACACAACACAGCACAUAGUGACAUAACAAAUUAUACAAAAUGGCGUAAAAGAGAAGUGUCUUAGUGUCUUACCUCCGGUAUACCUACUUCUUGAACAAUAAAAAUUUAAAGUACAAUUUAUGUGAAACGAAUUAUUGAAUAUAUAUAUAUCAGAUUUAUUCAAUUAAUGGAUGGAAAUAAUAAUUUUCAACAAAUUGGAAAUCGAAUUACCCAAAGUGAUUAAUUGCAAAAGAAGUUCAAUCAUUAUCAUUUAACUUUGAUGACAGUAAGCAAAUGCUAAAUAUUCAUUAUGGAUGAACUAUUAUUAACAAGACUGAAACUUCUCGCCACUCAAAUAGAAACUCUCUCGAAUCAAGCUCUUAGUCUCGGCUCUCUGAACAAUGACUUAAUCUACAAUGCAGAAGUAAUCAAGACUAAAUUGCAAAACCUAUCGACGAGAUUAAACGAUGAUUUAAAUAAUUACUUCAGGAUGGUAAAUGUUCCCGAAGUGGAUGAAAUUAGUGAAAUUAGUGAAAUUCAGCUCAAGGCGGAAGAAAGUUUAGCGGAACUAAUUGUAAAAUUAAAAAUAUUCCAGAAUAAAACGGAGAUUUCAUCGACAAAUAGGACAGCUGAUACUAUAACAUCAUGUCGUCUACCUAAACUGAAUCUUCCAGAAUUUGAAGGGGAUAUAUUAAGCUGGCAUCAAUUUUGGGAUCAGUUUCAGUCGAAUAUCGACAAGAGAAAUAUAACAGAAGUGGACAAAUUAUUAUAUCUUAAAUCCUCGUUGAAAGGAGAAGCAAGAAAGGCUAUCGAAGGUCUUGACACAACGAAUAAGAACUACAGCAUUGCGAUUAAAACUCUUAAAGAAAGAUAUGGAAAGGAUUCUCAUCUAGUUGAUGCUCAUUACUCGGCACUUUCGAAGGUGGCUACAACCGAUUCGACAAUAACGUCAUGUCGAGGAGCGCUCAACGAUAUAGAGAAACAUUUGAGAGUUCUUGAGUCACUAGGAGAAAACGUAAACCACAACCAUUUACGUCAUCUCAUAUUCAGUAAAUUUCCUGAAGAUCUUAUUUACGAGUUGAAAUUGAAAACCAAAGAUGAUUCCAUAAGCGAAAUACGAAAGGAAUUGGAAAAAAUAAUCACGGCUAGGGAAGAUGCUAAUAGAAUUACUAAUGGAAGCAACACUAAGGAAGUGGAAAAUUAUACAGUUGAAACUUUACAUGUAACUCAGGAAAAUCGAGGAAGAAGUCAUUACAGAAAGGAUAGGAUACCACGUAGAAGAGAAAUUAGAAAAAAUAAUUGGCUAACACCUGUAGAGAGAAUGGAACCUCGAAGAUUUCGUAAGAGACGGUUUUCACAAUGGGAAGAACGUAAAGAACGGAGGGAAGAUACAACAUCAAAGGGAAGUAAUACGACAGAGGGUGAAGUUGUCUCGAAGAGGAUGAAAGUAUCAUGCGUGUUUUGCAAAGGCGAUCACUACAGUGACCUUUGUGAUAAAUAUAAAACAGCCAAGGAACGAAAGUCACGGUUAGGAGACAGAUGUUACGGAUGUCUCAUGAGAAAUCAUCGUAUUGCGCAGUGCUAUAGCAGUAGGAAAUCUUGCUAUUACUGUAAAAAACGUGGUCUACAUCACAGAGCAUUGUGUCCUCAGAAAUUUCCAUCUAAAACCGAAACUACCACUCUAACAGAGGUUGACAGAAGAUGA